AUGCAGCAAGGUAGCUACGAACACCAGCAAGGUGGCUUCGGUCAACAACAGCAAUCGCAGCAACAAUCACAACAACAGCAAUAUACACAACAGGGCGGAUAUGAACACCAACAGUACGGUCAACAGCCCCAAGGCGUCUAUGAACAGCAGCAUUACGGCCAGCAACAGGGCGGGUACGAUCAGUACGGUCAACAACAACAGGGUGGCUACGAUCAGUAUGGCCAACAGGGAGGUUAUAACCAGUAUGGUCAACAAGGUGGCUACCAGCCUGGCAUGCAGCCGCAGGAGUGGGAUUUUCAUGCCAUGGAGGCAAAGGAUGGAGUGCGUUUCUCUUGGAAUUCGUGGCCCUGCACUAAAUUGGAACAGACGCGUUGCGUGAUGCCCACAGGGUGUCUUUAUCAGCCGCUGAAGCCUAUUGAUGGUAUGCCCCCCGCCGUCGAGUACGAUCCAAUUCACUGCAAAGCUUGCGCCGCAGUUCUUAAUCCCUUUUGUCAAGUUGACUUUGUAUCCAAACUAUGGGUGUGUCCAUUCUGCGUGACGCGCAACCACUUCCCGCCACACUACGCUGAGAAUAUCACACAAGAGAAUCUUCCAGCUGAACUGAUUCCGCAAUAUACAACGCUUGAGUAUGAGCUUCAGAACCGACAGGCAGGACCACCUGUCUUUGUCUUCUGUAUUGAUACGUGUCUUCCCGAAGAGGAGCUUGAGGAGCUUAAGGAUUCUAUCCAACAGACACUGAAUCAGCUUCCACCUGAUGCACUCAUUGGUCUCGUCACGUAUGGCACUAUGGUGCAUGUACACGAGCUGGGAUUCCCCGAAGUGCCCAAGUCGCACGUUUUUCGUGGUAGUAAAGACUUUACAGCCCAGCAGGUGCACGAUAUGCUCGGUUUAGCUGCCACGCGUAAGCAACAGCAACAGCAGAUACCUGGUCAGACCCAGCAGCCUCAACUGCAAACCAGUAAUUCGGCUCGUUUUCUGCUCCCAGUGUUUGAGUGCGGCUUUACAUUAGAAUCCAUUCUCGAAGAUCUUCAGCGUGAUCCGUGGCCUGUGGCGGCUGAUCAACGACCCCAGCGAUGCACGGGGGUUGCCAUGUCGGUAUGCGUUGGACUUCUAGAAGCGACGUUUCGUGGUCAAGGCGCUCGCAUCAUGAUGUUUGUUGGUGGACCUCCGACUAUCGGUCCGGGUGCUAUCGUUGGUCGUGACCGCAAGGAAGACAUUCGCUCUCACACAGAUCUGCAAAAGGACAAAGCACCGCUCACUAAAAAAGCUUUAGUCCACUACAACAAUUUGGCGUCCCGGUGUGUUGCUUCGAGUCACGUGGUUGAUAUAUUUGCGUGCUCGCUUGACCAGAGUGGUGUGAUGGAAAUGGCAGCAUGUGUGCAGAAGACUGGUGGUGUCAUUGUCCUUGCUGAUUCUUUUGGUCAAUCAGUCUUUCGAGAAUCAUUCCGCCGCAUGUUCAGCAAGUUUUCGGACGAAGCGGCGGAUUGUGACCGAGACCAACUUACGAUGGCCUUUGCAGCCUCAGUCGAGGUGCUCACUAGCCGCGAAUUUAAGGUGGCGGGUGCGAUUGGCCCUUGCGCUCCUUUGAAGCGCCAAGGUGCAGCUCCAAAGAAUGUUUCUGAAGUAGAGAUUGGAGUUGGAGGUACGAAUGCUUGGUCAAUGGGCGGUAUUGAUCCCAACACCACACUAGCUAUCUAUUUCGACAUUUCAAAUCAGACGCCGCUUGCACCCGGCAAGGCGCGCUAUAUUCAGUUAAUUACACGCUAUCAGCAUGCCAGCGGACGAUAUCGCACACGUGUGACAACGAUUUGCGGACCUUGGAAUGUUGACCCGAAUGACACUGCUACGCUUGGCCGAGGCUUUGACCAAGAAGCUGCUGCCGUUUUGUUAGCGCGUAUUGCCGUCCAUAGAUCGGAUCAGGGAGAAGAACAACUCGAUAUAAUGCGCUGGAUUGAUCGAUCGCUUAUUCGUCUCGCCGCCCGCUUUGCCGACUAUCGCAAGGAUGAUCCUUCUUCAUUCCGCUUAUCACCUGAGUUUGCAAUUUUCCCUCAAUUUAUGUUUCACCUGCGUCGAUCACAGUUUUUAACUGUGUUCGGUUACUCACCUGACGAAAGUGCGUACUAUCGUCAUUGCUUGCUACGCGAAAGCACGACAAAUUCGCUUGUGAUGAUUCAGCCGUCACUUCUCUCGUAUUCGUUCAACGGUCCACCCGUACCAGCAUUACUUGAUGCUGCUAGUGUGCGUUCCGACACAAUUCUGCUCCUGGACUCUUUCUUUUACGUUGUUGUCUUUCACGGUGAUACCAUCGCUGCUUGGCGUGACCAGAAAUUUCAUGAAGAUCCUGCGCACGAGAACUUUAAAAACUUGCUGGAGGCCCCACAGGCUGAUGCUCAACUUAUCAUGGACUCGCGUUUCCCUGUUCCUCGAUAUGUUUAUGGACGGCCAGGGCGAGGUUAUAUUCACUGA